AUGUCAGGUCAUCAUCAUUACUUCGGAGUCCUAUUGUUAAUAUAUGGAGGGAGCUUCAGUUAUUCCUACAGGCUCCUAGACAGCCAGACAUGUGCAGCCCCAAUGAAGAUGCCACUUUUUGAGGAACAACAUCUGAACGAUCAGCACAGGAACUUCUACAACGUCCACCAAGUACCCAGAAGGAAUCCCUCCAUUGUGAACGAGAUCAAAUCGGAGAACUGGCUAAUGCGAAUUAUUAAUAUAAAAUCCAUUAGGCAUAACCCCACUCAGGAAGACGCGGGAAUGGAGCAAAAACAACAUAUAGAUGGAUGGUUAAAGCGGUUUUUAAACAUCCUCAACUCAAAAAGGGAAGAACCAUCGCCUAAAAUUAAUAACGAACCGAAGAUAUUAUUCUUGUUAAAGAGGAACCCUUAUCAUAGAGAAGAGCAUCGAAUUAUAAAGAGGGACCCACUGCCAAACACUUUCAUGUGA